CCGACUUGCAGAAACUUCUUCCGGUUUCGGUAUUCAAACCCUAGCCGAUCAAAAUCUCUCCGCACGCCCCUGGUUUUAUUCGUCCGUUGUCGCCUCUCUCUCCUUCGCUAUGGCCAAGAAGCGAAAGCUCGAGAACAAGGCCGAGCCAGCCAAGGACCCUGCCCCCGAAUCCACCACCCAAGAACCCAAAGACGAAGAACCCAUCAGCCAAGAGGUACCCAUCAAAGAAGAGGAAGAAGAACCCAUCAGCCAAGAAGUACCCAUCAGCCAAGAAGUACCCAUCAAAGAAGAGGAAGAAGAAUCCCCCGUCGACGAUGAGCAGAUGCCCCAGAUCCCCGAAUCCUCCUCCUCCCCCAACCCUAACCCACCUUCCUCUGCCGCCGCCGGCAACGGCGUCGCCGGCGACGACGACGAGUUGGAGAACGACCCGGCCUCCAUCCAGAAGCUCCUUGAACCCUUCCCCAAGGACCAGAUUAUCGAGAUCCUCCGCGACGCCGCGAUGAAACACCCUGAUGUUCUUGAGGAGGUCCACCGGAUCGCGGAUAUCGAUCCGGCCCACCGCAAGAUCUUCGUCCACGGCCUCGGGUGGGACACCAAGGCCGAGACCCUUAUCGCCGCCUUCCGCCAGUACGGCGAGAUCGAGGACUGUAACGCCGUCAUCGACAAGGCCACCGGCAAGUCCAAGGGCUACGGAUUCAUCCUCUUCAAGCACCGGAGCGGGGCGUGGCGGGCCCUGAAGCAGCCUCAGAAGAAGAUCGGCAACCGGAUGACCGCCUGCCAGCUGGCCUCAACCGGCCCCGUCCCACCCCCGGCCCCGCCGGUGUCCGAGUAUACGCAGCGCAAGAUCUUCGUCAGCAAUGUCGGGGCCGAUCUCGAUCCCCAUAAGCUGCUGCAGUUCUUCUCAAAGUUCGGGGAGAUCGAGGAGGGGCCUUUAGGGUUAGAUAAGGUGACCGGGAGGCCGAAGGGAUUCUGCCUCUUUGUAUACAGGACGGUUGAGAGCGCAAGGAAGGCAUUGGAGGAACCCCAUAAAAACUUCGAAGGCCAUAUCUUGCACUGCCAGAAAGCAAUUGAUGGGCCAAAACCAAACAAGUCAGGGUUCCACCUCCAGGGCUCCGGUGGCUUGCAUCAUGGUGCCGGUGCAGUCGGAGCACACGGAUCCCACUUCACGAGGAGCGAUAAUACUGGGUUCAUGGGUGGGGUGGGGAGUCAAGUGCCUGGAGUAGGUUCUUCUGGGCAUUUGGUAGCCCCUUCAGCCGCUGGAUUGGGGUUCAACCAGGCAGCUCAACCGGCAGCUGCAGCGGCAGCAGCAGGGUUGAACCCAGCAUUAGGGCAGGCUCUGACUGCAUUCCUUGCCAGCCAGGGGGCGGGACUGGGAUUGACAAACCUUUUAGGCACCCUGGGUUCUGCUGGAGUGGGGGCACCGGCAGUGAACCAGGUGGUUCCCAGCGGAAUCGUGAACAGUGGGGGGCAAGGGAUGCAAGGCACUUAUGGGAAUCAGGUGCCGACUGUUGGUGGAAACGUGAACCCUGGAGUUAUGGGAGGAUACGGGGCACAGGCAACCAUGCAGGGUGGAUAUGGGAAUGCACACAUGGGGCAGGGAGGAGCUGGACGGAUCCAACAGGGCCUUGGGCACAUGGGUGGUAUAACACCUUACAAGGGUCAUUAGGUAAGGCUCAGUCAGAAAGAUUCACGAAGUCAACUCCCGGGAAAAAGCCUGCCCAUUGUUUUGGCAUGCGCUGGAAGUUUUGCAAAUCCUGCUUAGUAUCUGGAAUUACUUUUGAGGUGUUUCUGUCUUUGUCAUUUUGUGGUAUAUGAAGUACUUGUACUGUGGAUCAUUAUGAGGGUUUUUUUGCCGGCGCUCAAUGGGAUCUGGAGUUGACAUUUAAGGACAGCAGAGUUGGUGUAAAUGAUUGACUCGGUAAUAUAUGAUGACAACUGGGUUUAGCGGUUUAGCUAGUAGUGAUCUAGUAUUCAAGGAUUUCUGUUCUUUCUGGGGCUGUCAGUGGUAAUUGCCUUUAUGGCUGUCCCCUUUGGUGUUUAUGAUGUCAAGUACUUCAGGACCUAGUUUAAACAAAUAUGGGAAGGCUUUGAUA